AUGAGCACAAUUUAUGAUGAGUUGGGGAGCUCAGAAAUUGCGGGCAUGUGCAAAAUUAUAUACGACAAUAUAGACAAGGAUACUUUUAAAAAAAGGAAAGGAAUAUAUGAGUAUCAUCAAAAUUAUGGAACUAUACAGGAUCAGUUAAACAAAACUGAAAAUCGCUGUGAUCAAAUUUAUAACAAUUACCUCAAUGAAACUGUUCAAGCCUAUAAGAAGGUAUGGGCUUCAUGCCACAGUGGGGAUCAUAAUAAUGAUGAGUAUUGUAGGAAAUUCAAAAAAGUAUAUGAAAAAUACAACGGUAAUGGUAGCGAUAAAAUAGAAUUUAAAUGCACCAAAGUAGCAACACAUACAGGUAGUUCAUUACAACAAGAUCUUGGACCUGCACCGAGACCCGGUCCUGAAGGUCCUGGUCUUGGUCCUGAAGAUGGUCUUCAUGAAGAUGGUGCAAGUGAAGUUAGUGCAGCACUUCCAACUGCAGCUGCAGUUUCCUCCAUAUUAGGAACAGUAGGAGUAGGAUUACCAUUCAUCACCUAUCUUUUGUAUAAAUAUAACCUUCUACCCACCUGGCUUCGUAACAAAUUAGGGGGAAGCAGAAAAAGAACAACAAUUGGACGACAAAACUUUUACGACAUGUUCUCAGAUGGUUCCACAGAAGUUUCAACAGUAGCAUCUACAACAACAGAGGAUGAUUCUACGGUGGAUACUGUUCCAUCUGGAAGAUCAAACAAUAGAAAGGAACAGCAAACACGGAAGAAUAUACGUUAUUACGCCACCUAA